UGUGUAUUCAACAUUACAUUACACAAAAAGUCAAAAAGUCAAGAAUUAUUUUCCUUAAUUAACAAAACAAAAAAAAAGUCAGGACUUUUCCAUGCGAAAUCAAAACAGUAUCUCUCUUCUUCUCCUUCCUCCCGUCUCUCUCCACCAUCAUUAUUCCCUCUGUUUUCACCAUUCUGAAUUUUCCCUUUUAUUUCUUGAUCUAAAUCUAAGCUCAAGCAUUCAUAAUCUUCACUUAAUUCUAAUCAAAUUCACAAAAAAAACCCAGCAAUUUGGUAAGCUUUUCAUCGAUUUUGAGGUAAUGAUAUUCAUUUCUGUUUAUCAAUUGCAUGAUCGUUUCUUGAACCCAGAAUUAGUUUGCUAAAACCCUAGAAAUCUGAGAAACUAGAUUCUGCAUCGUACCCUUAUAUUUGUAUGAUCUGUUGCUGUACUAAUAAUUAACAAACCCAUUUUGGAUUUUGCAUAAUUUUCUGGGAAUUUUGUUUCAUCUUGUAGUUUUGAUAUAUUAUAUGUAUAAUUAAUUUGAUUGAAACUUUGGAAUUUGGGUUUGAUUGAUUGAUUGAUUGAUUAUGGAUAAUAGAUAUGGUUCUGGACCUCCAUAUCCUUAUGGGUAUCCACCCCCAAGUCAGCCAUACCCACCACCCCAAAUUCCUGAGGUAUACCCUCCACCACCACCCCAUAGUUCUGAGGCAUACCCUCCACCACCACCCCAUAGUUCUGAGGUAUACCCUCCACCACCCCACAGUUCUGAGGCAUACCCACCACCCCCACAUUCCCAUUAUCCAUACCCGUAUUCGCAACCGGCUUACCCGUAUCCAUAUACGCAACCGGCUUACCCGUAUCCGCCACACCCGUAUUCUCAACCUAGUUACCAAGUUCCACCUCCUAGACCUUACUCAUAUUCAGGUCCUCUUCCCCAAACUACUGCACCUCCACCAAGUAUACAGCAUAGUAGUAGUUUUCAAUAUGGUUCAUCUCAUUACCAAUAUCAUCCUGAUUCGAGUCCAUAUCCGGCCCCUAAUGCCCCUCCCUUGCUUCCUUCGCGGAGUAAUAGCUUUAGUAGUGCCCAUGGACAUGAUAAUGUAGUGAGUGAGUUGCCAGAUAGUAGUGGGGUUGGUGUUGGUAGUAGGCCUUCCAAUGCUUCGAUAUACCCUCCUUUGGAUGAUCUUAUGUCGGGUAUGCGAUUGUCUGAUGUUCGCCCGUCUGCCCCUGCCUCACCUCCUGCACCUUCUGUGCCUUCGAUGGAUAGUUUAGCUUUAACCACCCCUGCAAGUCCUGGUGGAGAGUUUGGUCAUCAUGGCAGCUUGCAUGGGAUACAUGCUAGAAGUCCUAGUUGGGAUAGUUGUUUUUCUUGUGUUGGUUCUCCUAGUUCUUCUAGUUUUGAGAGCGAAGGUAUGCAGAUCGUGCCCUUACAAAAAGGGUCUUUGAAAGUUUUGCUCUUGCAUGGAAAUUUGGAUAUAUGGGUUUACGAGGCAAAGAAUCUUCCGAACAUGGACAUGUUUCAUAGAACUCUGGGUGAUAUGUUUGGAAGAUUACCUGGGAAUGUAAGCAAUAAAAUUGAGGGUCAUGUAUCUCGCAAGAUUACUAGUGAUCCGUAUGUGUCAAUAACAGUAUCCCACAAUGCUGUAAUUGGGAGGACUUAUGUGAUCAGUAACGAAGAGAAUCCUGUGUGGAUGCAGCACUUCAUUGUUCCGGUGGCACAUUAUGCUGCUGAAGUGCACUUCUUGGUCAAGGAUAGUGAUGUUGUAGGAUCCCAACUCAUAGGAAGUGUAUCGAUUCCUGUGGAACAACUGUAUUUAGGGGCAAAAGUUGAGGGUACAUAUCCUAUCCUUAAUGCUAGUGGGAAGCAAUGUAAGGCCGGAGCUGUCUUGAGCAUUUCCAUUCAAUAUACACCCAUCAAGAAUCUAAGCUCUUACCACCAUGGAGUUGGUGCUGGCCCUGAUUAUCAAGGGGUUCCUGACACUUAUUUUCCUCUUAGGAAAGGAGGAACAGUUACACUUUAUCAGGAUGCUCAUGUUCCUGAUGGCUGCCUUCCAGAAUUUAUGCUUGAUCGAGGAAUGAAGUAUGUGCAUGGAAAGUGUUGGCAAGACAUAUUUGAUGCUAUACGACAAGCAAGAAGGCUUGUGUACAUUACAGGGUGGUCAGUUUGGCAUAAGGUUAGAUUAGUUCGUGAUGGUGGAAAUCAUUCAUCUGACUGCAGCCUGGGAGAGCUUCUUAGGUCCAAAUCAGCAGAAGGAGUGAGAGUUCUGCUUCUUGUGUGGGAUGAUCCUACUUCAAGAAGCAUAUUGGGUUAUAAAACGGAUGGAAUUAUGGCAACCCAUGAUGAGGAGACUCGUCGUUUCUUUAAGCAUUCAUCAGUGCAGGUGCUAUUAUGUCCUCGCGUUGGUGGAAAACGACACAGCUGGGUCAAACAAAGGGAAGUUUCAACAAUUUAUACCCACCACCAGAAAACUGUGAUAGUUGAUGCUGAUGCUGGCAAUAAUAGAAGAAAAAUCAUUUCUUUUGUUGGCGGGCUUGAUUUAUGUGAUGGGAGAUAUGACACUCCGGUCCAUCCUCUGUUCAGAACCCAGGAUACAGUACACAAAGAUGACUAUCACAACCCCUCAUUCCAAGGCAAUACCACCGGCUGCCCAAGAGAACCGUGGCAUGAUUUGCACUGUAAAAUUGAUGGGCCUGCAGCAUAUGAUAUUCUUACCAACUUCCAACAACGAUGGUUAAAAGCUUCUAAAGCACAUGGGAUCAAAAAGUUAAAAAUGCCUAGUGAUGAUUCAUUACUGUUAAUUGAUCGCUUGCCUGACAUUGUUGGUAUAUCUGAUGUUCCUUGCCUUAGUGAGCAUGACCCAGAAUCUUGGCAUGUACAGGUUUUUCGGUCUAUCGAUUCCAGUUCUGUAAAAGCUUUUCCGAAGAAUCCAAAGGAAGCUACUAGCAUGAAUUUAGUCUGCGGGAAGAAUGUUUUGAUUGACAUGAGCAUACAUACAGCAUAUGUGAAGGCUAUUCGAGCUGCCCAACACUACAUCUAUAUAGAGAAUCAAUAUUUCAUUGGUUCUUCAUAUAACUGGAGUUCAUACAGAGAAUUGGGUGCUAACAAUUUGAUUCCCAUGGAAAUUGCUCUCAAAAUUGCUGAGAAGAUCAAAGCUCAUGAGAGAUUUGCUGCAUAUAUUGUUGUCCCAAUGUGGCCAGAGGGCGUUCCAACUGGCGCUGCUACUCAGAGGAUUCUCUUUUGGCAGAACAAAACAAUGCAAAUGAUGUAUGAAACCAUUUACAAGGCUCUGGUUGAGGUUGGCCUUGAGGAAGCUUAUACGCCCUUAGAUUACUUGAACUUCUUCUGUCUUGGCAAUCGUGAAGCUCCAGAUGGGAGUCCCGCGUCAGCUGGAGGUCCCCACCCUCCAAACAGUCCUCAGGCUAUGUGUCAAAAGAGCCGAAGAUUCAUGAUAUAUGUUCAUUCUAAAGGAAUGAUAGUGGAUGACGAGUAUGUGAUUUUGGGUUCUGCAAACAUCAACCAACGGUCAAUGGAGGGAACCAGGGACACAGAGAUUGCAAUGGGAGCCUAUCAGCCUCAUUACACCUGGGCCAAAAAAUCAGCUCAUCCUUUUGGACAGAUAUAUGGGUAUAGAAUGUCUCUUUGGGCUGAACAUCUUGGACUUGUUGAUGACUGCUUCACUGAACCAGAAACUAUAGAAUGUGUUAGAAAAGUGAGGGGUUUGGGAGAAAUGAAUUGGAGACAAUUUGCAGCUCCAGAGGCCACCGAAAUGAGGGGCCACCUCCUUAAGUACCCUGUUGAGGUUGAUCGAAGGGGUAAGGUAAAAUCUCUUCCGGGAUGUGAAAAUUUUCCUGAUCUUGGCGGUAACAUAUGUGGCUCCUUCAUUGGAAUUCAAGAGAAUCUCACCAUCUGAUGAACUUAUUGCCACCACCUUGCAACAAAUAACUGUUCAGGUUUUCAACAGAUGCAACAAAUUUUGAGACUGAGACGGAAGUUAUAGCUUAGAGGCUAGAGUUAAACUUUGAUUUAUACCAAUAGCUUUAUUUUUAACUUGUAUGUUUUCCGAGGAUGUAAUUAAGCAUAGUGUUGGUAACAUGGUUUUUCUUGGUGGAUAAUUUGUUGCCACCCAUGCUUCACUAUACAUGAAGUCAUGUACUGAUAAAACCAUAUACAGGUAGGAUUAUCUGUAAAAGUGAUGGUGUAGUGUAAUAAUCCAUCCUAUAAUCAAAUUGUUUUUGUCUUUAAGGCACUUCUUUAA